AUGCCCUACGCAGUUGUCUCAGGCGCCUCAUCAGGCAUUGGCUACAACUUGGCCCUCAUCUUGGCCAAAAGAGGCUUUAAAGUGUAUGGGGGAGCUCCCGAGCACACGCUCAAGGCGAUGGAACCAUUGAAGCAGCAUGGAGUGGUUCCUUUUCCCUUGGAUAUCAGCAAAGUCGAGUCUGUGCAAAAAGCUGUAGAGUUCUUCAAGGACCACUCAGGCAGCGACCAAUUGGACCUUUUGUACAACAACGCAGGCAUUGCCAACGGUGGCCCUGGGUUUGAGUUCGAGGACCAAGAAAUGCUUGACAUUUUUGCAGUCAAUGUGACGGGUCACAUUUUGAUGACAAAGUACUUCUCCCCCUUAGUGAUUCAGGCUAAAGGUACCAUCGUUUUCACAGCCUCGGUAGCUGCCAUUGUGCCUCUUUCGUGGACUUCCUUGUACUGUAGCACCAAGGCAGCCAUUGACGCCUACGCCAAAGGAAUCCGGCCCGAGCUUGAGCCUUACGGUGUGCGUGUGUACUCUAUAAUCACUGGUGGCAUAGAUACACCCAUUGCACAGCCUAAGAUGGGCGAGAUCUCUCAGAGAGUGGCUGAAUUGCCUUACCAUAUUCCAGGCCUUGAAGAAAGCAUUCGUGCGUCUGCGGGCAUGACCAAAACCGGAACACAACCGUUCAAGUACGCUGAGCGUGUAUUGAACAAGGUUCUCAAGGGAUACAGAGGGUUCAACAUCUACGAGGGCCACAGAGCCGGCUUGCUCAAGUUUAUGCUGCGGUGGUUUCCGCUCUGGUUACAGUAUUUUCUCAUUGGGUCAUUUUUCAAGCAGAGAAAGCCCUUGGCUGAAAUCCGGAAGCGUUUCCGGUAG